AACAGCCUCAGAACCCCCCAAACUAAACUUUUGCACGACAUGGCGCGGCGAUCGCUUCGAAGGCCGGGAACUUCAGUCUCUCGUUGCUCCUCCAAGAGAGCUCUUUCGCCCAAAUCCACGCCGACGCGGCAAGCGAAGCGGGCCAAGGCACAAGGCAGCUCCAAAGCGACGCCCGCAAAGAGCAAGUAUUUCGAGCAUCCGUCCGACAGCGAAGAGAAAGGCCAAGAACAGCCGGAUACGUCGUCUGCCGAAGAGCAUUCCGACCACGAGGAUGAAGACCCCGCUGCUGCCGAAUCGCCCUACGAGAGCGACGCAUGUCCCUCGGGCGAAGACGAAAAGCCAAAGAAAAGGGGAAGGCCAAAGAAAUCAGGCUCUAGUUCCAUCAAACCAGCGGCUAGCAAAGGAAAGGAGUUGUGGAGAGCUGGGGCCGAGUUGGAUAUUGAACCUGGUACUCAGCUGAUUAUCAAAAAGCCCAAAGCCCGGGAAGCUGGAAAGACGCCGUAUACAGACGACACGAUCCACCCGAACACUCUGCUUUUCCUACGCGAUUUGGCCGAGAAUAAUGACCGGGAGUGGCUUAAGAUGCAUGAUCCCGACUACCGAACAUCCCUGAAAGAUUUCAAUUCAUUCGUUGAACGACUCACGGAGAAAGUCAUUGAGGCAGACGAGACCAUCCCUGAGCUACCGAUCAAAGACGUCGUCUUUCGUAUCUACAGGGACAUCAGGUUUAGCUCUGACCCAACACCGUACAAGACAUAUUUCUCCGCAGCCUGGUCUCGGACAGGCCGAAAAGGGCCAUAUGCUGCGUACUACGUUCAGGUUCAACCUGGUGGCAGUUAUGUCGGUGGCGGACUCUGGAUGCCCGCAGCACCCAGUCUUCAGCGACUGCGACGCAACAUCGACACACGGCCGCAUGAGAUCAAACGAGUCUUGACCGACGCGGGAAUCCGGGAAGAGUUCUUUGACGGGAUUGAGGAUGACGAGAAGGAAGCGGUUCGGGCUUUUGUCAAGCAGAACGCGGAGAGCGCACUCAAGACAAGGCCGCAGGGCUACGACAAGGAGCACCGCGACGUGGAGCUGCUGCGGCUGCGCAGCUUCAGCAUCGGGCGACGGGUGAGCGACGGCGUCGUGGAGGGGCCGGGCGGGCUGGCGCGCAUCGCGGGGCUGCUGGCGAGGCUUGGGCCGUUUAUCACGUACCUCAACGGCGUAGUCAUGCCCGACUGAGUUGUCCACUGGGGCCGGGGGAGGGCCGGAGGGGGCGGAUUGCGCGCAGCAAGAAUCGGGCACGUGACCUGGGUGGCUGGCGGGGGGAGGCCAAAGUUUAAACCGGGAUGUGCGAUUUGGAUGCCCGUGAAGAAAAAAGCUUACUGUGCAGCAGCACCAGGGCCGGGCCGCGCGAGUGGGAAUAUGGGAAGGAAGGGACCUAGGGUGCGCCUGCCCU